CCAAAAUUUAUUGUUUUUUUUUUUCUAUUUUUGUGUGAAAAUCUUAAUGCGGUUCACAGGAUACCUCUACUUACUAAGUUUCAACAGUAUAGUUCUUAUAGUUUCGGAAAAAAGUGGCUGUGACAUAACGGACAGACAGACGGACAUGACGAAUCCAUAAGGGUUCUGUUUUUUGCCAUUUGGGUACGGAACCCUAAAAAUAGUCUGUACAGAUGCUUUACCAUUUAUACCUACGAUACAUAGUUAUAUAAAAUAUGAUAGCACUGAUAUCACCUUCAUUCAAGGUAGCCGUGAAACGCCAUGGUGUUGGACAAGUGUGCAGUGGAUUUUCUUUAGCAUUUUAGUAUAAAUUUAUUUUAUUUAUAAUUUUUUUCUAAUUCAUGAGGUUAUUUUACUGUACACAAAGGGUCAUAAUUACAAGGAUAAAUUCGCAAUUAAUUAUCCCUCUAACCACAUUGCUCGUUUUUUAUGUGUAUAAUAAAGUAUAAUAAUACAUAAGGACGUUCGAGUAUUACGUAAGCAGAUUUUUCUCAAUUAACACCCCUCUGCAAAUAAAUAACAAAAUCUUAAUAGAUUACCGAUUAGACAGCAUUUAGACGAAAUUUUGAAAAUAUAUAUUGCUGACGUAAUCACCAUGCAAAGUCCCCAAUGUCAGAGUAGAGUACUAAUACUAAUAAGAUUUGGAGGUGUAAGGGCUCUCCAAGCAUCAAAAUGAAAUAAAUGUUUCGAACCUUCUCAUCAUCACAUCAAUCUAACAGUUUAAACUAAUGCUACAGAAUUCUUGACUAGUAUGUAUCCAAUAAGUCAAUAUUAGACAAUACAACAGAGACGUAUAUAUUUUCUCUACAGUAAAUUCAUUAAGCGUGGAGAUGUAUAAGGUCCUUACAGUUCGCGAAAAUUAAUAAAAUGAAAUAAGAUUUGGAGGUGUAAUAAAAUUAUUUUUAAUUAGUUUGUGCAUAUAAAAAGUAUGCCUACUUACAAACGAACUUACUUUUCCUUGGCUAUCGAUAUUGAAGGGGAAAUAAGAAUAAAGGUCGCUAAAUCAUAACAACCUAUACUUACUACUAGUACUAAACACCUAAGACUAAUCUGAAGUGCAAAGACUAUGUCAACGUCCUAUUAUUUGUAUCAUUGAGCAAACUAAGUGCAUGACUCCGUGAUAAGGAUGUUAUUUGCUAGCUAGACGAAAGGCCCUUGCCAUCGCUCAAGAGAGCUGAUUACAUACAUAUUUCUCAUUCGUAAGCGUAACUCAAACGUGCUACAGCAUUACAUCGGUGUCGGCAAUAAUGUUAAUGUUUGUUAAGCCACUAAGCGUCAUUUAGUGUCAUUAUUAAUCACAAGACAGACAUGCACAAUCAAGAUAAUUGCUAUUUUUUUGAGACUCCGAAAAAUCGACUCAAAUUUAAAAGUGUUAAAUGGUGCCAGCUUAAGAGCUUAAUAUGUAAACAUUAUUCAAAAGUGACAAGUGUGAAGGACAAAAGUGUUUAUAUAACGACGCUCAGUUCGGCUAGUGUUAAGAGGAGUUUGUGUAGAAUGUAUGAAAGACUUUUCACAUCUCAGCGAAGCGGCUAUGAACAAUUUUUGACUGAUGAAGAAAAAAAGUUGAUUUUUCUUGCUGAUAACUGCCCGCAGUUCUCAGCGGAUCGAUAUUAAAAAACUAAUAAAAUAAAAUCUAAUUGUUUAAGUAUUAAAUAUAGGUAAACGAGUUUCAGUUGUAGUUUAUUUUUCAGCCUAGGAAAUAAAUAAAUAGUGGCUGGAUGAGUAUCCCGACAGGCCUCACCAACUGCCCCCCAGGUCUAGAAUACCUCUCUAUGAUCAAUCAGCUGCUGGUCCACCAGAAGGUCGAGCUGCUGGAGGCCUUCGUGGGCUUCGAGACCAACAACAAGUACACCAUAAAGAACAGUGUCGGACAGAAAGUGUACUUUGCUGUGGAGGACAACGACUGCUGCACGAGGAUGUGCUGCGGACCAAUGCGGCCGUUCGACAUGAAGAUCUUGGACAACUUCCAGAACGAGGUUAUCCAUUUGCGUCGGCCGCUCGCCUGCUCGACUUGCUGGUGCCCGUGCUGGCUCCAGUCCAUGGAAGUCACCGCUCCGCCCGGCACCGUGAUCGGAUCCAUCGAGCAGGAGUGGUCCAUCUGCAAACCUAGCUUUGUCAUUAAAAAUGCCGCCGGCGACGUGGUACUCAGGAUCAAGGGCCCGUUAUGCACUUAUUCGAUCUGUGGCGAUGUUGGUUUCAAGGUGUACUCCAAGGACGGCGAAAACAAGGUCGGCAAAAUAACAAAGCAGUGGUCGGGGCUGGCUCGCGAGGCGUUCACGGACGCCGACUACUUCGGUAUCAGCUUCCCCAUGGACCUGGACGUCAGGAUCAAGGCUGUGCUGCUCGGGGCCUGCUUCCUUAUUGGGUCCACAUUUAGAAAACGUUCAAAGAAAUCAAGAUCUGCAAGUUAUAUGCGGACUUCAUGUUCUUCGAAAAAUCCGGAAACCAGGAAAAUGACGGGGUCGGAAUGUUGUAACAAAACAGUCAUAGUAAUGGGGAAGGUGCAAAAGAAACAUUUACAGCAUAUUCUUAACCAAUGAGGCCAAGUAGUCACUAAGGAUCAACCACACCGGAACAGACCAAAGAUAAUAUUUACUUACCCAGAUUGACCUCUGGCACGCUUGCCUCACACGUUGCGUUAUUUUCGUAUUUUCUCGGCAAACGAUGCGUCAAUGUCUUUUAAACUGUUAAACUCUUAUUCAGAGGUCUAAAUUUGUCACCAAAUAACGACCUGUAGUAUUUAAUUUCGAAUUGACAUUUCAUUCUCUUUCCAAGGACGUCGCCCAGGGGUUAAAGAAGAGAGAAUAAAAUUUGUAACUGAAUGUAUGCUCUCCCCCUCCCCUUAACCACCGGCCAUAUCAACUUUUCCCCCAAACUGGCCACGCCCUUGUCUCCCUCCUGCCCGACUCGAUAUACUUACCGUCGGUAAGGAGCGAGGGUUCAAGUUUCGGUGUGAUCGAUCCUUUAUGGAAUUUAUUGUGAAAUAUGAUGAAAAAAACAUUUCAAUAUUUCAAUGACAAUUGAAGACAACCGUGUACUCAAGUACAGUUUUAGAAUGCCAAAAUUAUUUAAAUAUUAUGUCUCAUUUAUUGAAUUUAGUAAAAAUUUGGUCGAAUUUUUGACGAGUUGCUAACUCGCCUUAGUUGGCUUUUAUUUGCAAUAUCUUUACAGUAGAUUAACAGUUCUUGUGAAGACAAUAUCUGAAAAUUGCAUAUUUAUGCAAUAAAAUAAUGCUAAUGCUAGCAUUCUUCCCCACUGCAUAAUUAUUUAAGACGCUAGAGUAAAUAAGCCUAUGUUAGGUGCUUAUUCAACGUAAUAAUAUUUGAUAGCGCAUUUACAAUAUUUACGUUUUUUUGAUGUUUUUAAAUUUUUUAUUACUUAGUUUUAUGAAUCUCGUAUGAAGAAUCUUUUCGCACAAUCUCGUAUUUGUUUUGAUACGUAAAUGUAGCUUUAUACAUCUGAAUCUAUAGACUGUAGAAUUUCUCGUGUAACGGUGGCCUUCGAUUUUGUAGUUUAUAAAGUUUGCAUUUUAUAAAGCAUUUUCUAGAGUGAAUAAUAUAUAAAUAUGACGCUUAAAGCCUUUACCUACCUUUAUACCAUGUAAAAAAUGUAGGCCCGAAGGGUUAUCGUCCCAAAGAAAAUUUGAAUUUUGCGCCUUUUUUUACUGACAAAGUUGUUUGACAGAUUAUAAGUGAGAAAGUUUUAUUUGUUUUGGUUGUUUGCCAAAAGACCCGAAUGGCGUAUGCAUAGAAGAUUUAUAUUUUCGUGUAAUGCUGUUGCAUUUUCGUGUAUUUCGUGUAUUUCUUGUUACUGUUACUAAAUUUUGGCUAUAUUAAUAUACAAGGUGCUCGUAAGCAUUGCGAGAGAUUUUAACGAUGCAUUCCUGAUGGCAACAGAAGCAAAAAAUGUUAUAUAACUUUUUGUGAAAUUCGACAAAAAAAAAUUUUUUUGUUUUUUUUUUCCUUUUUUUGAACACUCCUGUACAUAAAACGUAAUUUUUAUUGAUAAACACAACCUAAAAUUAACUAAAAAGUUUUUUUUAUUUGGGGGUAGCCUCUCGAAUACAUUGUUUUAAUUAUUCGAUGUCAAUCAAUAGGUAUGUCUAGACUUAGACCUCAAAGUGGUAAUACUGCAGUCAAAAAUGUGUUUUGUACCGACUUAUGGCGAAAGAAUGAUUCAGAAAAAACAUUUAAUUAUCUCUGAAACUAGGCCUAAUCCAGAAAAUUUUAUAUGACAUUUUAGUUUCUAAAUAUUACCAGGAAUGCUUAGUUAAAAUGUCUCGCAAUGCUCACGAGCACCUUGUAUAUACAAACAAACAUAUAUAUAUAUAUUAACAACCUGCUAUGAUUGGGUUAACGUGUGCGUACGCUUUUUACAUAGUCGUAAUUAAUUAAUAUUAAAUACUUAUGAUAUGAUAUAUGCUUUAUAAUGUAAUGUACCGUAUUUUAGCCACGCACAACAAUAAACUAUUCGACUGACUACGUAAUCAAUGAAUAUAAACUGUAUGAAGAUAUACUAGUUGCACACUACUCUAACAUAGUUUACAAAUAGGCAACAAAAGGUUCAUUAUGUAAUCCAUUAUAAAAUUGAUAUAAAAUAGUAACUUUGUACAUCAUGUACUUUACAAUUGAGUCGUAUAUUCAUACAUACCUACAUAUUUUUAUGUUGUUAUCUAUGUGCCACCUUUUUUUACGAAGGCAGACAGUACGAAAGCAUUACGUGCGUAUUAUAGGUAAUAAAUGUAAUAAACUUCAAUUGUGCUUGUAUGUACAUUUACCUAGCCCUUUUAUGCUUACCAAAGAGUUACUGAUGGUAGAAAAAGGUGCCCCUGAGUUUGAUAGCCGUACAAGCUAGCUAAACGGCCCCAUAUGUUUUGUGUAUGGAAGGAAUGGAAUCUCCAUGUACCAAAAAGUGUCAUCAAAAAACCUUUAAUAGGUGGCGCUACAAUACCUGGAAUACUUGGAAAAAAACCAAAUCAUAGACGGCGCACUUCACUCCGUCAAUAACGCAUAGGUUCUUAGCUACUCUAGCGCUACUCUGGAGAGAUUUGGAACUAUUAUUUAUAGCUGACAGCUGGACACUUGCAACAGUUCUACCAUAAGAGAUUUCACUCCUUUUAAUUCCAAACUCCAUAGUUUUGUGGUAACUGAAUUGUCAAAGAACUUUAAAGGUCAACUUGACAACUAGGAGGCUAAUUCAAACUUAUAGAGUCAGACCAAGCUAAGUUGGCAACGGAGUUACCGCGCAACAUAAUGUACGGGACCGUACGGCGCCAUCUAAGUAUUUCAUAUUUUGUCAAACUACUGCAAGGGUAUGAUUUUUUCUUACAAGAGGUGUCAAACCUUGUCCGUAGACCUCUUCUACUAUAAGUAAAUAACUCUUCAAUUAAAUACAUAAGUAAGUACAUAGAUAUACAAAACGAAUUUUAUAAAAAUGUUGUACACGGGUGAAAUCCUUGUUCCUAUUAUUCUUAUGUACCUAUAUGAGUAUAAUACUCCCCCAUGGGUUGUAUUUAAACUUAUAAUAAAAAUACUUAUGCAACAUAACAAGUCCUUACCUAUACAUAAAAGAUAAUAGAAGCCAAAUUAAUUUUAGUACUUAAUUUAAAAAAAUUGUUAACAAAGUAACAAGUAUUAUGUAUUGGUUAUGUUACGGAAUUUACAUUGUUUCAUUUUUUAUAUUUGUUUCAUAGUUUAGUGUCGGCUGCGGCUUGCGGCUGACAAUAAUAUAUAAAAUAUAUUUCAUAAUUACAGCCUGUAAGGAUGCUACCUUCACCCAAGCGACAGUAGCUCGAGUGCCUACUGAGAACAUCGAAAAUACAAGUUUCGUAUUCUAGCGUUAUCCUGGCAUUGACCUCGGCUCAAAACAAAAACGAUCGAGAGGUAGAUAAAGAAAUUCUAUUUUCGUUUUUGUUCGAGGUAGCCUUUCCAGAGUCUUGGUAUCUCAUUCGAUUUUUUUUUUUGCAUGCUAGUGUUUUUAACUUUUUAUAUUGCUGACAUUCUUUAUAAAUGUUACCUUUUUACUUAGGUAUUGCUAAUUGUUUUAGAAAUUAUGUAUUGCACAUUAUAAUGGAAAUUAAAUAAUCUUUCAAGUACAA